CACGUCCUCCUAGCCCCGCCUGUCGCAAGUUUUCCAAGAAGCCGUGCCCUCGGUGUUGCUGUCCUCCGCAGGUUGGUGGGCGUGAGCGUAGUCAGCUGGCCCGGGGCUUGUAGAGCUGCCAGAUACUUGUGUCAUAUGAAGUUGAACAUGGCAGAAGAAGAGGACUACAUGUCUGAUACCUUCAUUAAUGUCCAAGAAGACAUCAGACCAGGAUUGCCAAUGCUGAGGCAAAUUCGAGAAGCUCGUCGAAAAGAAGAAAAGCAACAGGAAGCGAAUUUGAAAAAUAGGCAGAAGAGUUUAAAAGAAGAAGAACAAGAAAGGCGUGACAUUGGGUUGAAGAAUGCACUAGGCAGUGAAAAUAAAGGGUUUGCUUUGCUCCAGAAGAUGGGAUAUAAAAGUGGUCAGGCCCUUGGCAAGAGUGGAGAUGGUAUUGUUGAACCAAUUCCUCUCAAUGUCAAAACAGGAAAAAGUGGCAUUGGUCAUGAGGCAUUAUUAAAACGAAAAGCAGAGGAAAAGUUAGAAAGCUACAGAAGAAAGAUUCACAUGAAAAACCAAGCUGAAGAAAAAGCUGCGGAACAGUUUCGAAUGCGACUUAAAAAUAAGCAAGAUGAAAUGAAGCUAGAAGGAGAUCUCAGAAAAAGCCAGCGAGCCUGUCAACAAUUGGAUACUCAGAAGAAUAUUCAGGUUCCCAGGGAGGCCUGGUACUGGCUGAGGCUUGAAGAGGAGGCUGAAGAAGAGGAAAAGGAAGAAAAAGAACAAGAUGAAGAUGAAUAUGAGAGUGAAGAUUUAAGUGUACUGGACAAAUUACAAAUACUGACUAGUUAUUUAAGAGAAGAACAUCUAUAUUGUAUUUGGUGUGGAACAGCCUAUGAAGAUAAAGAAGACCUGUCUUCAAAUUGCCCAGGACCAACUUCCGCAGAUCAUGACUAAGACUAUUCUCAAUAAAGAAAUUUGGAAAUUGC